AUGGAGGUGAGCAGCCAAAUGUUGCAGAGAUCAUCGGUUUCGUUCCGGCGUCAGGGCUCUUCCGGACGGGUCUGGGAGAAUCUCAACGCCGACCGAAGCGGCCCGCUUUUGAACAGCGGCCCGAUCUCCGCCGGCACUCCGACGACGGCCGGGAGAAGGAGCCACGAGAUUCAGCUGCUUCGGAACAUAAGGAGCGGCAGAGAAGAGAAGUUCCAGCCCUCGCACGAGAAUCAUCGUCAUAGGGAUUCCGGCAGCUUGCCGACCGGCGAUCAGAAGUACCGGCGGCGAAACGGAGGCGGCGCAUAUUUCUUCAUCCGGUGCUGUACGGGUUCUCCUCCCACUGCUUGA